UUUCGGGUAGGAGGUGAGGAGCUUGUGUCAACGUAAAUCACAACACUAACCCUAACCCCGUCCCUCACUGACCGACCCAGACAGACCAACCCGGGGGCUCACUACAAGAAGGACCCCAGCUCAGAUCGCGCGUCACUUGCUGAGAUCGUGAACCUCCAUGCACGUGCACCAACCACCUCAGCACAACACACGAGCACGUCAGUAGAUCCGACAGUACAACGACGCCGCUCGCCCCAAAAACGGACCGGACUUUCUCGGACCGGACAUUCUCUAACCGGACAUCCACGGCCAGAAAACGGAGGAAAAAAAGUCCGCGUGUGUCUGGAAUCACCCGCCCCGGGCGCCGUAACCCCUGCACCAUGCUGAUAUGGCCGGCACUUCUGCUAGUGCUAGGCCACGUCUGCCCGCUGACGUCUGCGGAGAAUGCCCCAGCAAGCGUUCACACGUCUGCCAACCCGUCUGGAGUGCAAUGUGGAGCCUACAAAUGUCUGACUGGCGCCACCUGCGUCCCUGGUGGUAACUGUAGCUGUCCAGCUCUGGGUGAUGGAGAGUUUAGGUGUUACACACAGAACAGUGUGAAAGCGGAGCUAUCAGGGCCUGGGAAUGUCCUGAAACUUUUCCACAGUCCGAGUCUUAGCGCGCCAUUUCGGUUGCCGUGCAGGUUUCGUUUUAGUGAAAUAUCUGUGGCAACACCAGCUGGCCACCAGUGCCAUUUACAGGUACUUGGAACAAACACCAUCAUAGAUAAAUAUAUUGUUCUUUCUGGCAUACAAGUCAACAUUAAGUACACAACUUCAACGUCGAAUAACUGGAACGAGAUUAGCCUUUUAAUCGAAGGACUCUCAGAAAAUGGAACCUUUACAUAUAAAGAAAGAGGGAAAACAGCUUUCUCUUAUGAGGUGCCAAAAGCUGAUAUUCAAACACUUGAACUGGAUGAAGAGCUUGAUGGAGGCAGUGGGAGUGGUGACGGGGAGACUGACCCUAGUGGUGACAGCAGUGGAUCUGGCACAGGAAGUGGCAGUAGCAGUGGUAGUGGAGACAGCAGUGGAUCUGGCGGUGGUAGUGGUGCGGGGGCUAACAGAAAAACUCGCAGCGUUGCCUGGGCUGAUGAGGAUGAUACAGACAGCUGGGGUCCAACAGAUGACCUUGACAUUGAUAACGAGUUGGGCGUGAGCGCAGGGAUAGACACGGACAACUUUGCCACCCUGACCUUGUCAGCAUGUUCCCUGAGGGUUGGGUUCAGGGCUCCAGACAAGAGUCACGUGCAGCAGGACCAGGUGUCUGGGAUGUACCUGGAGUACUCCGGGGACCCAGAAAAUUUGGAAUUCAUAGAUCCGGAAACAUAUUUGGCAGACUCUACAAAUGGCGCCACAUUUUUACAGUAUUUAAGUCAGACAAGCCUUACCGCAACACAAGCUCUGCUGGAUAAAUCUUUACAAUAUGCUGCAGAACAGACAAGCACACCAUUGGGAGAUGUAUGUGAGAAGACACGCAGGGACUACAUGGAGCACUGUAACACACAGGACAAGAAGAUCGCAGCCCUCAAACACUGUUCCUCCAUAUUUGAAGACACAGCCAUACUGGAAAACUUUGGCGAUACUGAUGGAAAAAUUUUGAAAGCCUUUAAUUACUGCUUAUCGUAUAGCUGUCAGACAACUGGUGGAACUUUAGGUGCAUGCACACAAUCAUGCGAAUCUGCUGGAUACAACAGUUAUGACUUCUGCAGCGCAGUCUGCAUUGGCUUCUGACAUCACUAGACAACAAUCAAUGCUGAGAAACACCUCGUUAAAUUUACUUUUUCAAACUAAUCUUAAAUUCAAAUAUUUACUAGAUACAUUUUAGAUUUUAAAAAUUCAAUCGUAUUUAACAACAAAAAAAUUUAAAUUCAAUUAGGCCUAUUGAUAAUAAUUGUUUGUCAAUGUUUAGAAUUAGGAUUUGUGUUACAAAUAUUUAUGUCCAUUAAAAGACCUACUUUAAAAAAUUGUUUUGGGAGUGUGAUAUGUAAAACAAAUUGGUUUUUUUUUGUUUUGUAAAAACUGUAUAAACAAUCAUUGUUUUUAGGUCUGUGAUACUUGUUUCCAGAAAAAAAAGUUUUAAGUAUUUAUAAAACAAAGCUUUAAUUUAAUAAAAUAUUUCUGAAAAACAUU